UCUGGAAACCAGGAACGAAGCUCCUCUGCGUGUUCUCCUCUGAGGAGAAAACACAUCGACCACUUCUUCUGCAUCCAAAAUCUGCAGCCGCGAAUCUCCCCGACUUCACCUCCACAGGUCACAUGACUCGUCUGCCGGUUCUCUCGAAGUUAAAUGGAUGUUAUAGAAUAGCAUCACCGCGUUGAGUUCUCUAUUCCGCCUCUCUUUCUGCUACUUUUUGUUUGCUUAGAGGCGAAAAAGCCAGGGACAUAGUGGGAAAGUGAGAGAGUCUGCGAGAGAGAAAGAGCGAGAGAGAGAGAGAAGUCUUUUUUUUUGGAGCUACGCUUUCAUGCCGUCAGUCUUGCGGACUCUGAGAUGGACGUCAGAUUUUAUCCAGCUCCCCCUGCAAGCGUGGGUUCAUGUACUGACUCGGGUUUGGACUAUUACCACGCCAACAAGAGCAGAUACGGAGCUCCUGACCGAGGUGUGAGGCUCUACAGUUCCCUGCCCAUGCGCCCAAACCCUGACGGCAAGCGACUGCCCUCUUCGGGGUUUGAUGGUGACAACAUGUACAUGAAUGACAACAACCACGAGUUCCUUCCACCCAACCAGAGCUACACGGGGCAGACUGGUGGUGGAGGCGGUGGAGGCGGAGGAGGCGGCACCGGCGGUGGGAAUGGAACCGGGGACGAGGACUACGAGAUUCCUCCCAUCACUCCGCCGAACCACCCGGAGCCUCCUCUCCUGCACCUGAUGGAGCACGACUCCUCGGGCUACCUCUGCCACUCGCUGCAACACAACGGGCUCAUCAACCCGUACUCUUACCCGGAGCUGCCCACGCUCAUGAUGUCCAACAUGCUGGCGCAGGACGGCCACCUUGUCUCAGGCCAAAUGCCCUCGAUGCAGGAGAUGGCUUUGCACCACCACCACCACCAUCACCACCAACAACAACAGCAACACCACCACCAGCACCCAGAUGGCGCUCAUUAUGACCACGCCCGUAACCACCCUCUGAUUAACUCCUCACCUCCGAUACUGACCAAUCCCAUGAGCGCGCUCUCCCAGCUGAACCCUCAGGUCAGCCGGAGCACUCUGCCUCACGGCUCCCCCUCACCCCCCGGGAGUAAAUCGGCCACCCCCUCCCCCUCCAGCUCCAAUCAGGAAGAGGAGACUGAUCCUCAUUCUAAGAUGGUCUUUCAGAUCACGGGUGAGAAACGACCGCUGUCAGAGAUGAUGAAGCCUAAACCAAAACCUCAGAAGAAGAAGAAGAAGAAGGACCCGAACGAGCCGACCAAGCCGGUGUCGGCGUACGCGCUCUUCUUCAGAGACACCCAGGCCGCCAUCAAAGGCCAGAAUCCCAACGCCACAUUCGGAGACGUCUCCAAGAUAGUGGCCUCCAUGUGGGAUGGACUGGGAGAGGAACAGAAACAGAGCUACAAGAGGAAAACGGAGGCUGCUAAGAAGGAGUACCUGAAAGCCCUCGCCGCCUACAGAGCCAGUCUGGUUUCCAAGACAUACAAUGACCCCGUUGACACGAAAAGUGUCCAAACCAGCCAGACGUCUCCACACAUGAUGCCAGCCAACGCCCCACUCUACAGCGUGCCCCCUCCCCCUCAGCCAUCGUCGCCGUACCUGGGUCCCGGGGCCUUCCCACUCUCGGACCUGCAAAGCUACGCGGGCCACGCCCCCCGCCACGCCCUGUCCCAGACGCUCAGCCAAUCACAGAUGCUGCCCAGCAUUAGUGCCUCUCCCCCCUCCUCCUUCCAGAUCAGCCCCCCACUCCACCCUCACCAGCAGCUCUCCCUGCACCAGAGCUCGCUGCUCAACCAGCCCAUCCGCAUGCAGCAGGUCCAGUCCCAGCCAAUCAUCUCCCACCAGAUGGGGCUGCAGGCCUCUCUGCACUCCCCUCCACCGGGCCAGCAGGGGUUUGCCCACCUCCAGUCAGAGUAUCAGAAAAGUAUCGGGGGCUCCCAGUCUCCAGGAGCCUCUGGACCUGGUCCAGGACCGGCCCAGAGCCACGAAUGGGACGGUGAAUACUGUAAUCGGGAGUGUGGAAGCCACUGCAGUGGCAGCAUGAUAGGCAGGGACAAGCCCCUCUACCUCACCUGAAACUGAAGAUCAAACUCAGUCGACAAACACAGCAGCGAGGAGUCUACGCUCACACACACGCCCCACCGACCCCCGGACACCCCCGAUCCUGUUCUGAUGCACAGCGUAACAUACAGUGCACAUUCAUGUAAAUACGACAAGAACCGGAAUUUUCAGUCUUUUCCUUCGGUUUCUAGGCGGAUUUGUGACCAGAGUUUUUGACUAGAUGACUACUGUCUCAACCACUCAAUGUAUUAGCAAACUUCUCGCUGUUUCAUUUUGCCAAGCACUUAUAAACGCCACCCCCCUCUGCCCCCCGCCCCUUCCUCCAAACUCUUCUGCUGUGUUUAUAAGGCUCCUCUUCAUCAUGGUUGUCAUCGCCGCUAAAGUUGCAGGGAGCCCAUCCAGCUUUACGGAGAGUGCAAAGAAGCCCCUUGUUUUUCAUUUUCUUUUUUUCCAACCUUUGUUGAUCUGCGCUUAUUUUUGUCAUUCAAUACUUACUAUCAGAAAUAUAUUGUGAAAACACAUUUUCGUGAAAGAUCAAAAGAUUUAUUGAGUCAUUUUUGUAUCUAAACUGAAUGUACAGACUUCUUCAUGUCCUGGCGACGAACAUCGCGUUUCAAGGUAUUUAUGAAUUCUACCAAGUCGUUCAGGAGCUUCUAAAAAGUUUGACCUCUUAAACGCAUUCACGGACCAUUUAUCUACAUUAUUACUCAUAGAGAAAUGAGGAGUCGCAUAAAAAGUAAGAACGCAAACUGUUUUAUUCAACCAGAACCAUAUCAGUACUGUGUGUUUUAGGUGUCAAACUAAAUCAUGCAGCCGUAUCAAGUGCUAAAACUGUGAUAUUUGAAAAGACCAGAACUGGCAUUAAACGAGAGUUGAAGCAUCAUCUACCUUCCGAUCUUUCAACACAUUCCUACUAUGAGCAUUAAAAUUUCCACUUGCUGGAAAACAGUUUUUCAAAUGGUCACUACAUCGACAUGUGUUCACUUAGCUUUGAACUGCAAAAUCCACAUCACACACCAAAAUCACCACCUGAGCUCUGCAGUAUGUUGUAGAUGAGCUGUCAUGCCACUGUGUUGAGGGGUGAAUCAAACAGUGUCCUACUUCUCACAGGCCACUAGAUGGCGCUCUGGGUUUAGAAAUGAUGAGGGGUUAAAUUGAAUUUUUGAGGUCAAACCUUAAUAGCAGGCAGUGCCACCUGGUGGCCUCUGAAAAGCAGGACACUCUUUCAUGAAGCUUCAUCAACCUUUCGAUAGAGUGUCAUGAAGCCUCAUCAACCCUUCAGUACAGUGUCACGAAGCUUCAUCUACCCAUCACCACCGCUAGGCAAGGUUGUGAGUUCAAGGCUCAAUGAGUAGUGAAUGAAAAUCGUCAAAUAUUCUGAAGGACAGUUCCGGGACAGGAACAGCACGAGCAAAGAACGGAUUUUGCUGUUGAAAAUUCAUUGCCGGUGUUCUUGUUCGUAACUGUCACUGCAGUUGAUGCUGCGUUCACUGACCUAUCCGAACCUUGGCAAUGUAUAGUUAAUUUUAAUGCUGUUAAAGUACACUUAAGUAAAUCCAUGAACGCGACACCUGUUUCAUUUUAUGUUCUCCCAAAAAGAAAAUACAUUUGAGUCAAUCCACAACGCUAUUUUAACUCAUCACUUGCAGCCCAAAUAAACAGUUCUUAACAAGACAUACAAGUGGGUCCGAAGUUAGUCAACUGGAUUCAAUGAAUUGUCGUGUUUAUUUACAACUUGAUGUCAUAAAGAAGUCUCUACAUUCUGAGGUAGCAAAGCCAAAUUAAAUGUUCAGAGAAAAAAAAAAUAGCUGACUCCCUUCUACCACUUUAUUUCAUGCAUUAUUUAAGUUCCCAAUUGAGUACUGAAUGUAUGAGUUACGACGGCGUGUUACAGCCAACUGAUGAAGACAUGCAAAAAACAAUCAGGAAGUCGACCUAAAAUGCAACCUAAAGGAUGAAAUUAGUUCUCAAACUCGAUGUAAAUCUAUCGAACUCUUCAUCACGUGACCCCAAUACGCCGCCGUAACGCUCAUAUUUUGUCGCUUUAUUUAUUUCCAGCUUGCUAAAUUGUUUCGUUUUGGCAAAUUUGUCUUGUCCUGUAGAGAAAUAUUAACUCCUUGUAGGUUCGGUGAAGCAGGCCUCCAUGUCUCGGUAGCUUUGCCUUCAAAGUUAGACUUUGGGAUGGAGGGAAACAAAACAUUGUAAAGAAAAAGAAAUAAAAAGGUUUUGUUUUUAAUAUGAAUGGCCUGUCGAGGUCGACUAAGCUGUCACGUGAUUGUAAAUAUCACUUUUAUCGGAUCAAAUUGGGACUUUUUUUUCUUCUUUAAUAUUACAUGUACGACGUGCGUGUGCGUGUGCGUGUGUGAGGGAGAGAGAGAGGGCGUUAGAAUGUACCCAAUUCAUGACUGUGUGUGUGUGUGUGUGUGUGUGCGUGUAGCCCAGCGUCGAGUGUUUCUCGUGAAUUUUAACAGCCUUGUGCAGCUGGAUUUCAGAAGAGUAUUUCACACUCUCGGUCUUGCAUUAAAUCUGUGCUCACUGGUGUGUUUUUUCCAAUAAAGUUCAAUCUAAAACUGAAUACACAAUAUGUGUCCU